AGCAACCGUGUGCACAGUACUCUAGCUCCAAUUCCAGUGGCUUUCUUAACACCAGCAGACAGGGACAGGCACAAGCACUGACUUAGGGACAAAACAGAAACUCCAGGAGGCAAGAAAGCUACAUGAGUCAAGAGGGGAAAUUCCUGACUCUGAGGAUGGCUGGUCUAUAAAUGCUCCUGAGUGAGGCUCCUCAGGUUCAGCCUUCCUGCUGCUCUCUGCGAAGAAAGAUCACCAGAGCCACAGCAGAGAGCUGCAGCUGCUGCUGAGAUGAACAGGACGGGCAUGGCCGUAGCCCUGGCUGUGAUCAUCUGGGCCACAACGGUUCCAGGCUUCGUUAUGUUCAAAGGGGGGCGCUGUCUUUGCAUCGACCGCGGAGCGAAAGUGGUCAAAAUGGCAGCGAUCAAGGAAGUUUCUGUAAUUUACCCGAGUAACAGCUGUGACAAAGUUGAAGUGAUUGUUACCCUGAAGGCUCAUAAAGGACAAAGGUGCCUGGACCCCACAUCCAAGCAAGCUCGCCUCAUAAUGCAGACAAUACAAAAAAAGAAUUUUUUAAGGCGCCAGAACAUGUGACGGGCCCUCAAAUGCGAGCUCUGUGCCAAGAAGCUGACCCUCUCCUGUCUUGGAAUAUGCAUCCGUUUUGCCAGAUUGCAGAACUCGCUAGGAGGUCGGAUACCUCUAAACUAUUCUGCUUGGCUAUGAAAAUAUUUAUCUCGAAGAGUCAUGUAUCUCUGUGUGUGCACACUCCGAGUUAUGGUUACAAUGGACACAUUGUUACUGGAAUCCCGCCCACCCGCUGGUUGGAUUCAGAAGCAUCUAGUGUAGAAAAACAUUACUCAAGGAAUUUUUCAUGGAAAUAACAUCCCUUUCCCCAAAUAUCACGAGGCACAUGAACAUCUAGGAAGAAGUUUCCACAUAUCGUCUUGCUUGUACAUUUAAAAAAGAUUUAGCAUUCAUGAGGUGCCCUGCAAACAUUUCUACGCUGUAGAAACGAGUAAGAGAACACUACUGUUUCCUGAGUUAGUUACACUGGCUUCCCACUGAGGCAGUCGAAAGGGCUAAAGAUAUGUAUUUCCUGUACAUCUGGCUUUAUCUGUUUUAUCAGUGACAAUAACCUGGAUAGAUUUUAAAAAUAAAUUGCUUUUGCUCACCAAAGAAAAUGUUGGAAAAAAGUCUAUUCAUCUCUUUCAGUCUGUUUUCCGUUAUUCUGCCUUUGAAAAAAAUAUGUAAAUGUGUACUUGGUCCUUUCCUUUGUCGUACUGUGACUGGUGGGAUGGCUGGCACUGUCCUUGAAAAGAAUAAAAAUUAUGUUUCUCUAGUAA